CUUGGGACUGCUGGAAUGGCAUUCUGGCAUUCUGGCGUUUGCGGCUUCGUUGUGACAUAGCUACGCAUAGCAUUACCUCAACAUGUCAAGCUCUCCACCUGAUCUCGUCUCGCUGGACAAAAAUGACUCUCUUGCGUGGACACGUGAGGAAUUCGAGAUCCCCUCCGCUCGAGCUUGUGGUGCAGACUCGGAUGGAGAAGCGAUCUAUUUCUGUGGUAAUUCAUUGGGACUGUUGAGCAAGAAGGGAAGGAAGCUGUUGAUGGAAGAAGUGGAUGUAUGGGCGACGAGCGGUGUCACUGGACACUUUUCCCAUCCUCAUUCUCGUCCUUGGAAGCAUGUCGAUGCACCUAUCACUCCUCGCCUAGCAGCUCUUAUCGGGGCAAAAGAGGAAGAGGUGGCGCAUACUUCGACAUUGACAAGCAACAUUCACAACCUCUUCACUUCAUUCUACCGUCCGACUAAGCGGAGAUGGAGGAUUGUCAUUGAGCAGGGAAGUUUCCCGUCCGACUGGUAUGCUAUCCACUCUCAUCCACGGAUCCAUUCGGCAGUUCUCAGCCAGGAGCAGAUUGAUAACAGUAUCAUUGCUUUGGCGCCGAGAAAGGGCGAGGAUAUUUUGAGGACAGAGGAUGUUAUCGAAACUAUCCAAAAGCACGGGGAUGAGAUUGCCAUCGUUUGGCUCCCUCUGGUCCAGUACUAUACUGGUCAAUUGCUCGACAUUCCUCCAAUAUCUGCCAAAGCGCACGGGGUUGGCGCUUUGAUAGGUCUGGAUAUGGCUCAUGGCGUUGGAAACGUCGAGACAAAGCUCAACGAGUGGAACAUUGACUUUGCAGUUUGGUGCACAUACAAAUAUCUCAACGCUGGCCCUUCCGGCAUUGGAGGCUUCUACAUUCGCACGGGGCUCGACGAUGGCGACAGAAGACUCGCCGGUUGGUGGGGUAAUGAAUCUGCCACCCGUUUCCAGAUGGCGCCAACAUUCCGUCCGACCCCCGGUGCGAAAGGCUAUCAACAUUCUUGCACGCCUGUGCUCUCCACUAUUCCCGUCCUGGCCACUUUGGAGAUGAUGGAGAAGGCUGGUUUCUCCAACAUGUUGGAGAAGCAGCGUCUCUUGACUGGCGCGAUGGAAUCUCUACUCAAGCAGUCAAAGUUCUACAGACCCGAUGCUCGGGUCGAGACUGAUAUGUCGCUGCCAUCUGGACCUGCGGGUGAGAAGGGAGCCCAGAAAGUCGGUUUCAAGAUCAUCACUCCGGAAUACCCUUGGCGUGGAACGCAACUCUCCUUGUUCAUUAUGCCUCAUCGUGAGAGUGAUGGGGCAGGUCAGGGAUCCAUGCCUAGGAUCUUUCAUCGCAUGAUCAAACGUGGUUUAGUGGGAGACGAACGAGAACCUAGUGUCAUUCGAUUGAGCCCUGUCGUUUUAUACAACACGUUUCAAGAGGUGGGGAGAGCUGUGCAAAUCUUUGAAGAGGCUUUGGAAGCAGAGGUGGAUUGGGAGAUGGGAAGGGAGAAUCAGGGCCACAGGGAGGAUGAUGAUCAUCAUCAUGUUACCGGGGUGGAUGUGGUGAACAAGGGUUGAUGCGUGUGACGUCGUGUUCGUCGACAGUGUUUGUUAUUGUUCGGCGGAAAUGCAACUAGUGAUAUAGCCCU